AUGACAGCCAUUGAAUCACAGAGUUUCGAAGACAUCAGGGCCAUCAAGGCCCUGAUCCAGGCCUUCUUCGACUCCAUCAACGCCGCAGACACAAAGGCCCUCAAGUCCCACUUCCUCCCCGCGGCCAACCUCACCAUCAUCCGCCAAGACCCGCCCCUGCCGGCCGACCCGGAACAGAGGGCCGACGCCGCCCGGGCUGGUGAUGAUGAGAAGCUGACGGUCGUGAUCCGCACCAACAUCGAGCAGUUCGUCAAGCUGAUCGACGACGGGGAGAAGAGGAGGGAGGGCCAGCCCCCCGGGCCCGCCCUGCACGAGAGCCCCGACCUGGACGCCACGGACGUCAAGGUCGACGCGCUGUUCGCCGUGGCCUGGAGCCCUUUCCGGGUCACCUUUGACGGCGUGCUGCACCACUACGGGACCAUGGUCUACACGGUGGGGAAGACCGAGGCUGGUGCCGCUGGACCAGGCGGCGGGAGGGAGUGGAAGAUUGCGAACUUGACGCAGAACUACCGCCGGACGCCUGGUUGGCCCGAGGGGGAGGCGUCGGGUUUCGUGUGA